UAAAUUUGAAGAAACCAACAAUGGCGAUAUAUAAACUCACUCACUCUGCUAUUCAUUGGAUCAGUAGUACAAGUGUUCGUGUCGCCUCAAUUCUCUCCUUGUCGUCGAUGCCAUUGCUGCAUUCGCAUAUCCAAUCCCUUCGUAAGCCAUUAAUUUAACUAAAGGAGGAAGGAUCCAUUGUUGGUGGGGACGCGACAAAUCAGGCGAAGAAAGCGUGUAGACGAACAAGGAAGAAGGAUAAGAGGGAGGGACUUUUCUCUUCCUACCAGAUUCUUAUAAUUAUUCUCCGGCGGGGUUUUGCCUGCCGGAAAACAAGCAAGCAACCAAACCGAUUCGCUCCUCGAUAAGGCUCUCUCUCUCUCUCUCUCUCUCUCUCUCUCUCUCUCUAUAUAUAUAUAUAUAUAUCGCCCGCCAUUGUUAUUUCUGGCAAGGUUAUUGAAGUAGGUUCAGGAACGGAACCACAAUGGAGCAACUACGGACUCCAUUCAAGGGAGUCGUGAAUGAUUUUAAAGGAAGGCUGGCAUGCUACAAGAAGGAUUGGAUGGACACUUGUGGCACCGGGGCAAGGAUUCUGGCGCCAACUGCUUACAUUUUCUUCGCCUCUGCCCUCCCUGUGAUUGCCUUUGGGGAGCAAUUGAGCCGAGAAACAGAUGGAACGCUAAGCACUGUCGAAACUCUUGCUUCGACGGCCAUCUGCGGCAUCAUCCAGGCCAUUUUUGGUGGACAGCCUUUAUUGAUACUGGGGGUUGCCGAGCCUACCAUUAUAAUGUACAACUACUUAUAUAGUUUUGCGAAAAACAGCAUCGGGACGCACCUAUAUUUGGCUUGGGCCGGGUGGGUCUGCGUCUGGACUGCAUUGCUGUUGUUUCUUCUUGCAGCAUUCAAUGCUGCCAUGAUCAUUAGUCGAUUCACAAGAGUUUCUGGAGAGCUUUUCGGCAUGCUGAUCACAGUUCUUUUUCUUCAAGAGGCAAUCAGGGGUGUGAUUAGUGAAUUUGAUCUUCCACAUGGAGCAGUUCUGAUUGCGGAGGGAAACCAAUUUCAGUGGCUCUACGUUAAUGGCCUGCUUGCUGUUAUAUUCUCCAUAGGCCUGCUUAUCACUUCCCUCAAGAUACAGCAGGCCAGGUCGUGGCGAUAUGGAUCAGGCUGGAUGAGGAGUUUCCUUGCAGACUAUGGAGUACCCUUGCUGGUUGUGGUGUGGACAGCAUUGUCCUAUUCAAUGCCACGCGGGGUUCCUUCAGGUGUUCCACGACGGCUCGUCUGUCCCCUUCCCUGGGAAGAAGAGUCACUCUAUCACUGGACAGUGAUUAAGGACAUGGGGAAUGUUCCAGCAGGUUACGUUUUCGCUGCUAUCAUUCCGGCGAUGAUGAUCGCCGGGCUUUACUUUUUCGAUCACAGUGUAGCUGCUCAGAUGGCACAGCAGAAGGAAUUCAAUCUGCAGAAUCCACCUGCUUACCAUUACGAUCUCUUGGUGCUCGGAUUCACGACUUUGAUUUGUGGAUUACUCGGACUUCCUCCAUCCAACGGUGUCCUUCCGCAGUCGCCAAUGCACACGAGGAGCCUUGCAGUCCUCAAGAGGCAGAUGAUUCGGAGGAAAAUGGUGAAGAGAGCUAGGGAGGGCAUGGAGGAGCACGCGAGCCACUCAGAGAUAUUCGGUCGAAUGCAGGAAGUGUUUCUUGAGAUGGAUCAUUCUCCUGAUCACGGUGUCGACAAAGAAUUGGCUAACUUAAAGGAAGCUGUCCUGCAACACGACAGUGAAGAUUCAGACGGCAAAUUCGACCCUGAAAAGUGCAUCGAUCUCUACUUGCCUGUUCGCGUGAACGAGCAGAGAGUUAGCAACCUGCUGCAAUCGUUGCUGGUGGGGAUCGCCGUGUGUGCCAUGCCCGUAAUCAAGAUGAUCCCAACCUCGCUUCUGUGGGGAUACUUUGCUUACAUGGCUAUCGACAGUCUCCCCGGGAAUCAAUUCUGGGAGAGGAUUCUGCUCCUCUUUGUUCCUCGCGGGCGUCGUUUCAAGGUUAUCGAAGAGUUCCACGCCUCGUACGUGCAGUCGGUGCCAUUCAAAUACAUCCUUAAGUUUACGCUCUUCCAAAUCGUGUAUUUCUUGAUAUGCUUCGGCAUUACGUGGAUACCUGUUGCCGGGAUUUUGUUUCCGUUGCCGUUCUUUUUGCUGAUCAGCAUAAGAGAGCAUGUACUUCCCAAGUUCUUCCCACCUCAGGUUCUUCAAGAAUUGGAUGCAGCUGAGUACGAAGAAGUUAUCGGAUAUUCAUUCCGGAGCAGAAGUUUAUCGGUCGGGGAUCGACAAUUACCAGAUGCUGAUUCUGAUGAAGGUCCUCCGGACGUUUCCUCUGCCGAAAUAUUGGAUGAGAUGACGACGCGCCGAGGCGAAUUGAAGCAUAGGUCUGUCAGCUUCAACGAGAGGCAUAAUCUACAGAGCAUCCCGGAAGGUUCUUCUGGGUCGUAACGAGUUAAAGCGAAGAGAAGCCAUCCCCAUCGUCGCCAUGUAAAGACUUAUACUCUAUUGUCUUGUCCAUCUUGAUGACUAUAGCUUGAGGAAAAAACAUAUACUUCUUCACUAACAUUAAAGGGAGAAAGAAGACGACGACAACGACGUCGAAUGCCGAAAAAACGUGUGUAGGCUAUUAUUCAUUACAAGGCUCGAUGUAGAAAUUUGUUGAGGGUUGUUUGCUACCAAUUUGGUUGAGCCCUUUAUUGUUUGUUACAUUCUUUUUCAAUUUGGACAAGUAAAGAUGAUGGGGAUUGCAUGCAAAGAGAAGAAAGUUUUCAUGAAAAAUUUAAGGCAGAUGAAUGAUGAUGAUGAUGAUGAUGAUUAUAAAUGUUAGGUAUUUAUUGUUGUAUUAUUUGCCUCAUCUUUGUAAUUGUAUUACACUCCAAAUUUUUACAUCAGAUGGGGCCAGUUAGGACAUUGUUUUUGCAUAGAU